AUGUCGAAAACGCACGUCACGCCGGUGAAAGGUCUCACGAUUUCACGUUUGGAGCUACAAGCUGCCGUAGAAGGUCUCAACAUCGCCCUCACGAUUUGUCGUGAGCUGGGGAUCGAAUUACGGCAAGUGACCUUCCACACAGACUCGCAAACGGUGCUGCAGUGGAUCCAUUCAAAGACCUGCCGAUUUGAAGUAUUCGUUAACAACCGCAUCGGAAAAAUACUCCGAAACACGGGUCGUCGACAAUGGCGUCACGUUGCGGGAGACUUAAAUCCAGCGGAUCUCUGCAGCAGGGGUAUCGACCCAAAGGACGUCGAAUUGGUCUACUUCCAUCGAGGACCUUCGUUCCUGAACCUAGACCCCUCAGAGUGGUACACUUGGGAAGAGAUUGCGGAGCCAGAAGAACGAGGCGUAAAUGUAAUCCGCGUCUUGGCAGUCAAAACGGAAGACGAGAAUCAUGUCAUCGACCGGUGCGUCGCACGUUUCUCCAGUCUGUUGAGACUUCAACGAGUGCUGGCCUGGAGUAAAAGAUUUGCCAACAACGCUACAGCAAAACUACGUGAUGAAAAACCAAUUGUCGGAGAGGACGAAAUGCAUCGUACGCGCGCAAGAAUUGGCCUUUGCUGA